AUGGACCUUGCUUCCGACGCUCUCUAUUUCGCGCUUCGGCCCCAGCAGCUGCGGUCAUUGCUUCAAUUGUCUGCUUUGUUCCUCUACCCUGCAAGCUCGCAGACUAAUUCACAUCAUUCUCAAUUGCAGCACGGUCUCACCUACGAAGCUACAACAGCGGGAGUCUGCUUUGAUUACCUGCGAAAGACCGGCCGCAGCCUCAGGCCCGUCAUCGAAGCGCUCCACCCCGAGCUAGCCCUCCCCAUAUGCAUAUUUUACUUGAUACUGCGUGGAUUGGAUACUAUUGAAGAUGACGUCUCGAUCCCAGUGGGAAGAAAGCGCUCCAUCUUUACAGCUCCAUCUGUACAAUUCAAGGAAGAGAAAGACCGCGACCUACUUGUGGACUUUAACAACGUCAACGCCGAAUUCAAAAAGAUGAAGUCUGCCUACCAGAAGGCCAUCGGAGAGGUUACUGGAAUAAUGGGGCAUGGAAUGGCCGACUUCAUUCAAAGCAUGGAAGGCGACACGACUGUCGGGGAGUACGAUCUCUAUUGCUGGUAUGUCGCCGGCGACGGUCUUACCCGUCUUUUCACCGAGGCCGAGUUUGUUGAUUUCACGAUUGGAGAUUCGAAUCUACAUAAAUCUAUGGGCUUGAUGUUAUAUAAGAAUAAUAUCAUUCGUGAUGUUUGGGAAGAUCACUGCGAUGGGCGCCGGUUAUGGCCUCAAGAGGCGUGA